UAAAGCUGUAAAAUAUCUGAAUGUCUGCAGUACUUUGCUCUGGCGUGAACUUUGCAAGAGGAGACAGAAAGCACAGAAAAGUCCAACGAGGACCUCAGGAAGAAAGCGACUGGAAUUUCUAAAAUUUCCUAAACUUACAAAACUCCAGUUGCUUCUACCACGACCUGGGUGACUGAGAACCUACACAGAGGUGUCUCCUCUCCUAAGAGACUGUUGUAAUACUUCUGAAGUUAGGAUCUUGAAGUUUCAGCAUGAUGAGCCGUCCGCAGAGCUUGAUAGACGGUGAAGCUCCUGACUCUCAGCACGCAAAAUCAAACAGAGGGUCAAAGGUCACCGAAGAGACAGUGGCCCUGGUGGUUUUCAGUAUCUUCCUGGCAGCUGCUCUCAUCGUUAUUUAUCGUCUCUCAUUUGACAAAAUUAGAACUAACGAAGAGCUCGAAAACCUGGAACAUCAAAAAAUGAAGUGUGAAGAGACUCUCUCUAAGAUAAAACCAUGCAGCACGGUGCAGCCGACCUAUCCGGUACCUAAAGUAAUAAAUGAUCCUUGUUAUAAAUGUGAAGAAGGCUGGGAGCAACAUGGAGGAAAGUGCUAUUACUUCUCCAUCAAUAAAUCAUCCUGGAAACAGAGCAGAGAUGAAUGUAGAGCUAAAGGAGGAGACCUGGUUAAGAUAGACAGCAGAGAGGAGCAGACUUUCCUGGAGAGAAGACUGAAAGAUGUAAUGAAUGAAGCUGAGGACAAGUUCUGGAUCGGACUGACAGACUCAGCAGUAGAGGGCAGAUGGGUGUGGGCGGAUGGAUCACCACUGAAUGAAAGGCUGCAGUUUUGGAGCAGAGAUGAGCCAGACAACUGGACAGGGACAGAUGGUGAACAUCCUGAUGGAGAGGACUGUGUGGGCAUGGGAGAAAAAGGCGGAGCUAAAGAUCUGAAGUGUUGGUUUGAUGCAUUUUGCUCAAAGCCUCACAGAAGUAUUUGUGAGAAAGCAGCAGUAAAAGGACAGUGUGUAUGUGUCUGAAAUUCAGUCUAUUAAACACCAGA